CUGCAGUCUGCAGCUAAAUCAUAAUGCGUUCAGAAUCUUGGUGGUGAUCAUCAUCCCACUUGCAAUGACAUCGAAGGGCGAGGGCGACCUACUCUGUGCUGCUCACAGAGUCACAGUUAGCAAGUCUAUUUCAACUACCGGAAGCAUUUCUUCGCUGUCUAAAUAACAAAAGCCGACAGGCCUUUCAUGCGAGGAGCUCUGCCGCAAUGGUUUCGAAAGGGAAAAGCCGUCGGCGUCGUGAGUCGAAUCUGAAGGAGGCUAAGAAUGACCAAAGGCUACCACCACCUCCCAAAGCACUUAAAGAAGGCCAGGCCCUGCCAGCCGGGCUUCGAAGGAUGAUGGCUUUGAGGGAUUCGAUGAAGGGUUCUGUGGAGGGAUCAGUGAAGCACGUGAAGCGAGGUCCUGAUGGUGGCCUACCAGGACUUGUGCGUCCGUCUGAGGCGAAGGCGAAAAAUUUGUUAGUGAAAAAGGCUGAUGCAAAGAAGGGCCCGCCAGCUGGGAGUAAAAGAAGCAGAGAACAGCCGCUGACGGUCAUCAACACGUCAAACGGCAAACCGGAAGAGGAAGAAGUUCUUACGGGCUUGGCAAAACGACGGAAGUUUUUGAAAGAAAAGAAGGGGAAGAAGCGGAAGAAAAGAAGCAAUGAAGAAGACGAGGCCUACAGAAACUUGUACAAGCAAGACAAGGUUCGGUUCGGAGACGUGGUACAAGCGCCCCCAAAGCUGUCCUCGAAGCACGUAGGAAAGGUUAGUCGCAUGGCGAAGGACAAGAGUGCUGCUGGGAAGCGGCACUGGCCGGAAAGCCUAGGUGCUUUAGCGAGCUCGCAGGAGCGUCUUAGACAGCAAGCUGUAGAGGGCUAUCGGAUAAGCAGAGGACGAACUGAGCAGCCGUCGCUUGUCCCCCCAAUCUCAGAAGUUUCAAACAAUGAUCAUUGAGCACUGGACAGGCACAAGAUGCUCAUAGUCUACACACAUCGUUUACAUUUUGCAUGUGUCGAAUUCCCCUAGGAUUACAUGGAAGUGACGAAUUGAUCUGCUCUCCUUUGACCCUCGGUUUCAGUAAAAUCUGGAAACUGAAGCGGUACAACAUUUGCAUGGAGCUAAAAGAUUCUAAUCUAUCUGUACAUUCUAAUUGCAAGUUUCUGGAGCUCGGUAUGACACCGCAUGGAG